CGCAUGCGCAGACGCAACACAGUGACGCCUCGGGACGAGCAUCUCGAGGUCCAGAAGCGCGCACUGCAUCACGUCGGAUAUCUUGAGAGAAACAACAUCAUCAACCCUUCUUCCACCAAUCAAAUCUCCUGAUGAGCAAUGACCCCGCCCCCCCAUAUGGCCCCGCCCCACCAUACGGGCUCCCUGGGGUACCUCCAGGAGGCAUGCCUCUAGGUCCGGCGUUUCCCGGGCCACCCUACCAGGAAUACGCCAACCAGGGCUACACCCCCUACCAAGGUGACCACGCCCCCUACCAUGGCAGCCCCGCCCCUUACCAGGGGAACCCCGCCCCCUAUCAAGGUAGCCCCGCCCCCUAUUCGACCAGCCACGUCCCCUUUCAGCCUGGAUGGGAGGGCACCAAGGUGUCCCAGUAUCAACAACCAUCAUCAAACCCAAUUUACAUGGUUGGAUCAGGCGGGCAUCGGUCAGGAAGAGGCGGAGUCACAGGGAUGGAGGCGUGUCUUGGAGCAUGUUGGACUGCCGUCUGCUGCUGUUGUCUCUUGGACAUGUUCAGAUAGGACUACACUUCCCACAAUGCACCAGUCAACACGGAAACUCAAGUCAAGAUAGCUAAAUGUUAAAUAUGUCAAAGAUAUAUUAUAUAACAGCUCAAAGGAUAUUAUAUUGCAAAGCUUUUAACACAUGAAUGUUGAUUGAUUGUUGAAGGAAUGUUUUUUGAUGUUACCAAUAAAUUGUGAUUAUAAAGUUU